CGUUGACGCGUUAUGCGAGUGCAUAAUUAUUAUAUUUCGUACGUACCGGCCAGUCGUAUUUCGUUAACGGAACGUGGAGUUUGUGUUUAAAAAUGGAAUCUAUAAUUUAUUUUUCGAAUACAAUUUUUUUUAUUUUCAUAUUUGUGUUUUGUAUAAAUGCACGUAGUGUCAGUGAUAGCAAGUAUGCAUUACCAAAAUCGUCCUUCGACGAGAGGAAUAAAGAACACUGGACCAUGCAAGCUCAAUGGACACUCAAAACAAAGGUCCUCACUCCUCUUAAUAAAAGAACAGCGAAGAACGUUAUCCUGUUCCUGGGCGAUGGUAUGAGUAUCACCACCCUUGCUGCUACUAGGGUGUACCUUGGCCAGAAGUACGGGCAUUAUGGUGAAGAAUUGCGACUAAGCUUUGAAGCAUUUCCAUACACGGGAUUAGCUAAGACAUACUGUGUCGACAAUAAUGUAGCGGACUCGGCUUGCAGCGGGACGGCGUACCUGACCGGUGUGAAGGCCAACAGUGGGACAGUGGGCCUCAGUGCCGCAGUGAAGCGGGGCGACUGCGCUGGACAAAGGGACGGCUACAAUUCGGUCACUGGGCUGAUGGACUGGGCGCAAAAAGCCGGCAAGAGUACUGGUUUAGUGACGAACACGCGUGUGACUCACGCCACACCGGCGGCCUCUUACGCUCACUCGGCUGACAGGAAAUGGGAAUCAGACUCCGACCUACCGAAGCACGGUCUGCGUUGCGACGACAUUGCCACACAGCUCGUGAAUGGACGAGUUGGGAAAAAAAUCAACGUAGUUUUUGGUGGAGGUAGAAAGAACUUCAUAUCGAAAAAGGAACGAGAUUCCGAAGGUUUCCACGGGCACAGGAGUGAUGGUAAAGACCUGAUCAGAGAGUGGCUGCAUGCAAAAAGGUCUCAAGGAGUCGUCGCCAAGUACAUUUACAACAGACACGAUCUGAUGAAUCUCGAUACAGAAGAUUAUAAUAGCGUUCUGGGACUGUUCUCCCCAGAUCAUAUGCCUUAUAAUUUAGAAGCGAACAAUGACGAUCCGUCUUUGAACGAGAUGACUGUGAAAGCUAUUGAAUUACUAUCAAAGAAUAAAAAUGGAUACUUCUUAUUUGUUGAAGGUGGUAGAAUAGACACGGCGCACCACGAAACCAAAGCUCGUAAAGCGCUAGAUGAAACUGCCGAGUUUGCUAAAGCGGUGGAAGCAGCUUUAAGAAUGGUUGACCCCGAAGAGACUUUGAUAGUUGUGACUUCAGAUCACAGCCACACUAUGACCUACAGUGGAUAUAGCAAGCGAGGGACGGAUAUCCUUGGAUUUACUAAUAAGAUGAACGCGUCAGAUAAUCUUCCAUACACGACACUAAGCUAUGCCAACGGUCCAGGAUACAGAAGUGAUGUACAAUAUGGCAGAGCUAAUCUAGAAUUAGAAGACAUAAAGAGUCUCAACUUUACAUACCCAUCCCUAGUACCUAUAUCCCGCGAGACUCACGGCGGGGAAGACGUGGCUGUCUUUGCAAAAGGACCCUGGUCACAUAUCUUCAGUGGGAAUUAUGAGCAGAAUUACAUACCUCACGCGAUAGCAUUUGCUUCUUGCAUUGGUCCAGGUUGGACCAGCUGUAAACAAUGAUAAUAAAAUUUUAUUUAAUAUAAAUUAUACAAACAUUUAGAAAGUUGUUUUCUCAAAUUGAGAAAAUUGUCUAAAUUGAAUAAAUUUAUCCUAAUAAUGAUAAAAUAAUUACAUACAGCAAUAUUUUGCUUCAUGCAUUGACUCAGGACGACCUAAUGACUGUAAAUAUUGAUAGAACAGUUUUAAUAUUAACAAAUAUAAACUAAAUAAAAAUUAUUAUAAUUCUCAAAUUGAGAAAAUUAUCGAUGACAAUUACAUACCAUUUGUCCUUUUUUUUUAGAUCUUGGUUAAACCGAUGUUAUCUAUAUAUUAAUACAUGAAGUAAAGACUUUGUGCCUCUUUUUAAAACUGCGCGGAUGAAAUUUAGCACGGUUAUAGUUUAUAUAAAGAAGGAGUGUAUAAUGCUAAUAUUUUUUUUAAAUCAUGCAUUCAAAAAUACAUUAAAUCAAUAAAGACAACAUUACACACACUACCAUGUAUUUGAUACACACACUCAUAUAUACUUUUUUGUUUAUUGUUAAUCUGUGGUCAAAUUGAGAAUAGAUUUAUAUUGUUUGUCUUUAAUAUUAUUUUCUCAAACAUGCUUGGAAAUGUGAGCAUUAUUUUGACAAUCUUCUUCGAGAUAAAUCAAAAUUGCCGUACUGGCCAAGAUACAUGCGGGUAGCGGCCGGCAAAAGUUGUAUGAAAAUCCAUAUCUGUCGUGUUUUGCGGCCAGAUAAAUUACUAUGUAAACUCAUAUCUGUCCUGUAAUUUAAAUAUAAACCUUUUACUUCGAAACAUGGCUACCAAGGAGGUAACUAAUAAAAGGUUUUAUUUAAAUUUCGAACUGGCUUGCAAAUAGAAAGCUGUUUAUUGAAAAAAAAAAAAAACAAACGAACAUUAUGGCCCGUGAAAAAUUAUUAUUGUUCGUAAUUCAUCAUUGAAUUUAAAAAGUAAAAUUGUGUUUUUGAUUUCCGCGCAUUGUUUGAUAAAAGUACUAUACAAGCCUUGGCCACAACUAAGCAUUGAUGGCCUCACGUAUGUGUGCCUCGGCUAUACCUCGGCCCACAUUUGUACGUACGCACAUAUGUACUAUUAUAGUCUUGCUGAAUAUCAAACACAUUAUAUAUGUAUAAUAUAUUCUUUGACGAUAGAACCUUAAUAAUGUUAAAACUUAUAAUUUAAAUUAAUUGUAGUCGAAUUUCGACCAUUGGGCGAUCACUAGUUAGAAUAAAUUGAGUUUAAAAAAAAGUACUAUAUAUUUGUCAAAUUAAGAAAAUUAUAUUGUAACAUAAUUAUAGACCUCGUUUAAUAUAAUGAAGCACUCUUGUAUAGUACCAGAUUAAAUUAAUUGUAAAUAGAAAUAGUGAUAUUAUUAGCGUAACUGUAAAUUUAAAUAAAAUAUUUUUUCUCAAAUUGAGAAAAUUGUAAAUAGAUAUUAUUUUAUUUAUUUUUUAGGUUUUUUUUUUUAAUCUAUAUAAAGAUAAUUUUGACUUUUAUUUUUAAUUUACCAGUGUUUUGAUUGUAUAUGUUAAAUAUACUACUCAUUAGUAUUUGAAUAUUAGAUUUCUUUUAACAAACUAAACAGGAAGUCUACUUUGGGUAUUAUGAAAAAGAAUGCACAAACUUAAACGAUGAACUUCGUUUAUGUUUUUAUACAAAAAAAAAUUAUGUACAAAAAAAAUGCACAAAACAAUACACAAUGCAAAAAAAAUACACAAUAGAGAUAAGCUCGCCUUUAAAAUAAAUUGCGGUUAACAUUAUAUUUUAUGUACAAUAAAGAAUAAAGAAAAGAAAACAAAAAUUUUAUUUAUUUAUUCAUUAAAAUAAUUAUAACAUCAUUUGUCAGAAGAUAAUAGUUUAGCUCACUUUUAUUCAUGGAAUAAAGUGACCUAGUAACUCGACGUUUAAAAUAAUUAAGCUUAAAAAACUUGAUAAAUUUUCAAUAAACUCCAGAAGGUGGGCUGGCGGGCAUUUUUUAAUUUAUAUUUAAAUUUUCUCAUCCCACAAAAAUAAUUUUAUAUUUAUCAAUAUUUGUUUGUAAGUUAUCUUAGUUUUAGAAUAUUAUUAAUCAUGUACAAAGUAGUGUAAUAUUUAAUAAAUU